GCUCGGCGAUCACUUUCCCUUUGUCAUCGGAAAAUGGCGAAACCCAGUUUGUCUUUAUUGAAAGCAGCAGUGUGUGUUAUUGUUUCUGUUCUUCGGCUCGUCAACGGCGGGGGAUACGUGAAGUACGGCACCGAAGCUCGAGUGGUUCCCGGGAAACUAAAUGUUCAUCUUGUUCCGCAUUCCCAUGACGAUGUCGGAUGGUUGAAAACCGUUGAUCAGUACUUUGUCGGAUCAAACAAUAGUAUCCAGAACGCUUGCGUGAGGAACGUGCUGGACUCGGUGGUCGAUUCUUUACUUCGCGAUCCCAAUAGAAAGUUUGUGUUUGGGGAAAUGGCGUUCUUUACCCGUUGGUGGGAAGAACAAAGCCCCCAAACACAAGAGCAAGUGAGGAGACUUGUGAAAUCCGGGCAACUUGAGUUCGUAAAUGGAGGAUGGAGUAUGAAUGAUGAAGCAACGUGCCAUUACAUAGAUAUGAUAGACCACACCACAAUGGGGCAUCGCUUUAUAAAGCAACAUUUCAAUACAACUCCUCGUGCUGCUUGGCAAAUCGACCCCUUUGGCCAUUCCUCUGUCCAAGCUUACCUCCUUGGAGCGGAGUUAGGGUUGGACUCUCUGCAUUUCGCGAGAAUCGAUUACCAAGACAGAGAAAAGCGAAAGGCCGAGAAAUCACUCGAAGUCAUCUGGAGAGGAUCCAAAACUUUAGCCUCUUCUUCUCAAAUCUUCACCAAUGUCUUUCUUGUUCAUUAUGGCCCUCCCACUGGCUUUCACUAUGAAGUCAGCGAUGAUUACGUCCCCCUCCAGGACGACCCUAGUUCCGAUGGCUAUAACAUCAAGGAGGCGGUUGAUAAUUUCGUCAAUGCUUCUAUGGUUUAUGCCAAUGUGAGUCGAGGGAACCAUGUCAUGUGGACCAUGGGUGAUGAUUUUCAGUACCAGUUCGCCGAGUCUUGGUUCAGACAAAUGGACAGACUUAUCCAUUAUGUUAACAAGGAUGGCCGUGUCAACGCCUUGUACUCCACACCAUCUCUCUAUGUUGAUGCCAAGAAUGAUGCCAAUGUUACUUGGCCUCUCAAGACUGAUGACUUUUUCCCAUAUGCGGAUCGGGAAUACGCUUAUUGGACUGGCUACUUCACCAGCCGUCCUGCUCUUAAACGAUAUGUUCGGGCUCUAAGUGGAUAUUACUUGGCUGCAAGGCAACUUGAAUUUCUGGUGGGCAAGAAAUCUGGAGGUCCAAAUACUUGCAGUCUUGCAGAUGCUCUAGGGAUAGCUCAACACCAUGACGCUGUCACUGGAACUGCCAAGCAGCAUGUGACUGAUGAUUACAUGAAACGCCUAGCUUUUGGUGCUUCUGAGGCAGAAGCUGUGGUGAAUUCUGCGCUGGCAUGCUUAUUGAACAAGUCACCAAAAGGUGGCUGCAUAAAGCCUACAAUAGCAUUCAGCCAGUGCUCUUUGAUGAAUAUCAGCUAUUGCCCCUCGACAGAAGAAACUAUUUCAGGCCAAAAGAGCUUGAUUCUGGUGGCGUAUAACUCCCUUGGAUGGAACCGUACAGAAAUCAUAAGGAUACCGGUUAAUGAUGCAGGUCUAAGUGUGGAAGAUACAUCUGGAAAUACCCUUGAUGCUCAAUACAUCCCCAUGGAUAAUGUCACCAGCAACCUCAGAAUGUUCUACACAAAAGCUUAUCUAGGAAAACUUUCAACGCAGAUUCCAAAGUAUUGGCUCGUGUUUAAAGCAACAGUGCCACCACUUGGUUGGAACACGUUCUACAUCUCUAAAGCAUCCACACAAGGAAGCAGCAAUCACACACACUCUUCAGUGCUGCUUAAUCCGGUGAGCAGUACGACUGAAAUUGGUCCAGGAAAUCUAAAGAUGUUGUUUUCUUCAGACUCUGGUCUUGUACAACGGAUGUACAACUCCAGAACAGGAGCUGACCUAAUGGUGAAUCAGAACUAUUUUUGGUAUGCUUCGAAUGUGGGGGACGCAAACGAUCCCCAGGUUUCGGGUGCAUAUAUUUUUCGACCUAAUGGUUCCUUGGCUUAUCCUGUUUCUUCGUUCAAACCGAAGUUGCAGAUUGUGCAAGGGCCUUUAGUAGAUGAGGUGCACCAGCAGUUUAGUCCUUGGGUGGCACAUGUGGUCAGACUGUACAAAGAUAAAGAGCAUGCCGAAUUUGAGUUCACUAUUGGUCCAAUUCCUGUUAAUAAUAAUGAUCUAAUGGGGAAAGAGAUUAUCACCCGAAUGGUAACAGAUAUGAGUACAGAUAAAGCGUUCUAUACAGACUCUAAUGGAAGAGACUUUCUGAAACGGGUCCGGGAUAAACGAACAGACUGGCCUCUCCAAGUGAAUGAGCCAAUAGCAGGAAACUACUAUCCGCUUAAUCUUGGAAUGUACGCAAAGGAUGAGAAAGCAGAGUUUUCGGUGUUGGUUGAUCGGGCUACUGGAGGUGCUAGCAUUAAGGACGGUGAAAUAGAGUUGAUGCUUCACAGGAGUACGUGCAUGGAUGACUCGAGAGGAGUAGAUGAGAGCCUUGUAGAAACUGUGUGCGUGAAUGAUACAUGCGCAGGAUUGACGGUUCGUGGGAGUUACUAUGUAAGCAUAAACAAGGUAGGAGAAGGAGGGCGGUGGAGACGAGAGACUGGGCAGGAAAUAUACUCUCCGCUGCUAAUGGCAUUCGCACAGGAGAACAAGGAGAAAUGGAAAGCCUCAAAUACAGUGAAAGGUUAUGGCAUGGAUCCUCUCUACACCUUGCCUCCAAACAUUGCUCUCAUCACUCUUGAGGAGAUGGAUCUUGGGAACGUGCUUCUCCGCCUGGCUCAUCUCUAUGAGGCUGGAGAAGACAAUGAUUACUCAAAACUCGCUAAAGUGGAGCUGAAGAAGUUGUUUUCCGGGAAAAUGAUCAAAGAAGUGACAGAAAUGAAUUUGUCGGCAAAUCAAGAAAAAGCAAAGAUGAAGGAGAAGAUGAAGUGGAAAGUGGAGGGGGAAGCAGAAGAAGAAGAAGCUUCUUCCCCGCUAAGAGGCGGACCCGUUGACAAGUCGAGUUUUGUAGUGGAGCUUGGUCCCAUGGAGAUUCGUACAUUUGUGCUUCAGUUUUCUCAGAAACAACGUAGAAGGAGAAAGCUGUUUGUCCCCAAUAUGUUGUAGUCUUCAUAACAUAUGUUUCUAUUUAAAGAUUCAAAUGAUAGCAAACAUCGCAGA